AAGUCAUCACCCGAAGACAGACAUACCAGCGGCACGCCCACACCCACACUCACAGCACGCAUCGCAUCUCUACAGAACAACCCGUCGGCUUCAUCUGCAAGCCGAACCCCGCUUUUCCUCCCAGUCGAAGCAGAGCAGCCAUUGCUACUCGAGAACUGGGGCAUUGUUCUGUGCGAACUACAGAACGACCUUUCACCCUCGCACUCGAGCCCGAUAAUCAUACAAGGCCGACAUCCCGGAGCGCCGGGUAUUUCUUCGAAAAGGAAAAAAAAUUUAUAACAGCCUGUGGCGCUCAUCCAGUCCACCCCGCGAUAGGCCUCAUCAAUCAUAAGAUUUCGUAUCACGCUGCGGCCUCCCGUCUUUCGUCACAAUGCCGUCAAAUCUUCCUUCUAGCUUUGCCUCCGCUGCUGCUGGACAGAACUCUAAUCGCGAUACCAGGCCCGGAGCCAGAAGUGAUGGCCGGGGGAAUGCUGGCGGCGAUUGGACACGUUCUGGCCGAUCAACCAACGGAGGAACCCUCACCUUCCGCCGAACUUCCGCCACUCCUGGGAGCCAGCCGCUGAAUCAGAUACAGGCUUCCGAACCCCCCCAGUCCGCCUCCGUCGACCCUGCCACGCCUUCCGCCAUGCCGCCCAGCUCUAAUCAGGUCAACGGCAUCGAAAGCCUAAGAUAUACUAGAGAUGAGCUCUUCGCUAUUCUUGACAUGACGCAGGAUUCCAACUCCCAGGCGCCUGAUGUUUCGACCUUGUUUCUGCAGGGAUGGAACCCGGGACAUACCAAUGGCGCGACGCCACGAGGAUGGGGCAAGACUGGAGAUUCUCAUAUCGUACCCCCGGAGCCAGAUAUUUGCUGGGAUGCGCCGGGCUCUACUAGGGCGGUCGGUUUGCAGGAAAUGAAUCCCGAAGAGAAAGAGUUGUUCGCCUCUGACGUCAACUCGGCCAUGAAACCCUUAGUUCAGAAUAAGGAUGGAAAUCAUUCGAGCGCAGGAUUAAACGGCCGGAAGACUUCCCUCUCUCACGGAGGCGUUGGUAACUUCGGACUAGUUUCGCCCUCGGCCGCCUCAAGACCAGGUACAAGAAGACGCGAAACCACGGAUACAAAUCCAUAUUCUGGCGGUGGUGGCUUGAUUUCUCCGACGUCUGCGACGCGGCCCUCUCGAGACGAGUCGUCCUGGUUCGGCCGCAAGAACACGGAUCCCACCAAAGAUUCUACUUUUGAGGAGCCUGAGGAAGAUGCGGGCCCGCGCGACGUCGCUACCAAGUCUUUGUCAUUCGGCGGUUUGAUGCGUAACAACUCGAACCCGGGCGGCCCCGGAUUUGGUGGAACAUCUCCGUGGCAGCCGUCAAACGCAGGUGCUCUACCGAACCUAGGCAGUUUCGGGCACUUUGCGCUUCCUGGUUCUGCUAUCGGGGAGAAGCGGGCGGCCAAUACACGUGGCGAAAGCCGCUUGGCUCAUCUACUCCCCAAAGAAAGCUCUGAUAGUAUCGGUCUCAAGCCGAACGAGGGCGUUGCACCGGAUCCCAGCCGCUCGUGGCGUCCUAGACAGCGCACCGACACCGAUCCUUUUGGGGAAGACAAUAUCUCGGGCAGUGCAGUGCUUGGAGGCGCCCAAGACACAAGCCCUCCCCCGAUGUCACAUUCGCUUCCGCAUGCAUCGUACGACACUCCGGUAAAGGGCACGACCGGAGACUUCGGGAUGUCUAGCCUCAACUUGGGCCCGCAUCCAGAGCAUGAUCAAUCCCCUUUGAGCCCGUCUGAGACAAACCCUUACCGGAGCCCGCCUGGUGAGCGCGGCGAGCAGGAGGAUGCCGGAGACAGGCAGCACGGCUCAGGAAAUCCCCCGGAUCAUCCUGCCGGCUAUAGUGGCCUCCCACGCCCUUUUGCUCACGCAGCUUUUGAUGGAAGCGAUCGCAGCCAGACAUCCAGCGUCGGUGCGAAGCCCUACCCGCCGUUAGGCAACUUGACUAGCUGGCCGUCGUCAAAUACUCCGGACCGCGAGCGGGCUCCCUUUACAGGAUUUGGUGGCUCACUGUUUGGCCCCGUUGGCGAUCUCCAAUCCCCGAACCUCGGCAAUCUUGGCGGAGUAUUUGGGCCCGGAAGCACGACCGGGUUCGGCGGGUCGGGAUCCUUUGGUCGCGCUAGUAAGCUCGGAUCACUGUUCCCGCCAGCUAUGCAGGCGCAAAUGCAGUCGCAAGAGAGCGAGAACUUGGGCGACUCAGUUCCGGAUCUUCGUCAACCUAACCCUUUGGGCGCCAUCGGCCGCACUGCUCCCGGCGAUCAUGCCCGCGAAACGGAUAGCCCUAUGCGAGCAACCCGGGGGGUUUUCGACUUGUUUACACAACCAGAACCCGCUCGGGCGCCAGGGAGCUCUGAAUCUUUGCACACCAGUACCUCGAUUGCUCCUCACGGCCCAGCCUUCACAGCCCCAAAUGGUACACCGUCGUUCUCAGCCAAUCAGACGUCCGAUCUUCCCUCAGUCCAGUCCCGUACUAUGGUGAUGCCCGAUCGGAUGAGAUGGGUCUAUCUCGACCCGCAAGGCCACCAACAGGGUCCUUUCACCGGGUUAGAGAUGAAUGAUUGGUACAAGGCAAAUUUCUUCACCCCUGAUCUCCGGGUAAAGAAGCUAGAAGACUCGGAAUUCGAGCCGCUGGGGCAGCUAAUCCGACGAAUUGGAAAUUCUCGCGAGCCAUUUCUUGUCCCCCAAAUCGGCAUACCUCACGGGCCGCCAUCGCAAACCGGCCCGUUCUCUGCUAACUCUAGCGGAGUCAUCCAGCCUCCUCUCAUCGGUGCCUUCCCUAGCUUCGGGAGGACGUUGACUGCCGAGGAGCAGAACAAUCUUGAGCGACGUAAGCAAGAAGAACAGUACCUCAUGGCCCGUCACCGCGAAUUUUACGCUACCCAGCAGUCGAUCGGCAGAGUACCCAUGCCUGCUGUGCCUGGACUUCACCACCAUUCUAGCGCUCAUAGCCUACAGAGCCAGCCGAGCUUCGGUAGCAUCACGUCGCCCGCCAUCAACAUGCCGCCGCAGCCUCAUAUUGGCGCCAUCGGGGCCGCGGGUUCCUUUUUCGAGGCUCCGGCUGCCCACCCAGCCGCCGUAUCUGGUGGUUCUGGGCAGGGGCUCGACAUGUUUAGGGAAGACGAGCUCGCGCGUCUAUCAGGCCCAGAACGCCAGAUGUUGGCCGGCCUCCACAACUCAGGGGCGGUUGGUGGAGCCAACCACUCUCAACAAUCCAUUGGCGUCCCAGGCUCCGAAACGAGCGUCCGCGGUCAGCUACCCAGCUCCAGCGAACUAGUCGAAGAUACAGAAGGCUUUCGGGGGCGUCUGCAAGAAUUUGAAAAGCUCAGAGCUCAGCAUGAGGUGGAAUUGAACGAGCGGCAUGCCUCCCCGAUACGCGAGCACCCACAGAUUAAACCAACCCCACAAGUACCCUCGUCUGAGUCGGGGCCUGAUAAGGAAUCGUCCCCGAGCGCAGAAACCACCUUACGCCACGCCGAAGGAGAUCAAUCUACAUCCCUGGCUAAGCAAUUCCAGCAAGCACAACCACAAACAGGAAAACCCACCGGGCUCCCCCUCCCUUUUCCACCUCCUUCUGCCACUCCUUUGCCCGCCCCUGCCCCUCAACGCGUCAAAUCUAACUUGCCAGAGCAAUACGCAACGAGCUCCCGAUCCGGUACGCCCGAUAUGGCAUCAUCCAACGCUACGCAGCCUCCGCCUCUCGCCCCGUGGGCCAAAGACGGUGGAUUAGAAUCACACAAAGGACCCAGCCUCAAGGAAAUCCAGCAGGCGGAAGCUCUCAAAGCGGCCAAGGCCGAGGAGGCCGCUGCUCUUGCCCGCCGUAUCCUGUUGGAACAGGAAACCGCCCGAGAACGCGAGAAAGCUGCAGCUGUUGCCCCUGGCCUACCCAUGACUAGCACCUGGGGGACCGCGUCGCCCGUUACUCCCGCAGCAACAAACAGUCCCUGGUCCAAGCCGACCCCGGGAAAGACACCAGCGCCUGGCCACGCCUCCCAAGCACAAGCGACAGACAAGAAGAAAACGUUAGCCGAUAUCCAACGCGAAGAGGAGGCACGGAAGCAGAAGGCCAAGGAAAUAACCCAUCAGACUGGCCCCGCCACGUCCGGCAGCGGAAAGCGAUAUGCCGAUCUUGCCAGCAAGCCUAACGCCAUACCCGUGCCCAAUCCGGCGCCCGGCCCCAGCACCUCGGGAUGGGCUACCGUAGGGGCAGGUGGUAAGGUGAAAGUGCCAACCGGACCAGCUUCUCAGGGGCGAGCCGCCAGCUCUGCGAGCUCAAAGUCGCAGCCCACCUCAGCGGCCGUCCCGCCGCGACCAGCAGGGAAGCCCACAGGUUCGACAAGCGGGCCCACACACACGGAAGCCAUGGAGGAAUUCACGAAGUGGCUCCACAGCCAGCUGGCCAAAGGAAUUACGGGUGUUACUGACAUUGAGGCCUUUGCCAACACGCUGAUAGGAUUUCCCCUCGUCGGCGAUCUCAUUUCGGACGCCAUCUACGCCAAUUCGAAGACGAUGGACGGACGCCACUUUGCGGAGGAGUUCAUCCGCCGCAAGAAGCUGGCAGACAAGGGCGUCGUGGAGAAGCAGCCUGCCAAGAGUCCAUCGAGCGAGGCGCAGUCGAGUACAGCAGGGGGGUGGAACGAGGUUGCUAAGAAGAGCAACCACAAAGAGCCUGGUAAUGACGCCAGCUCGAUUCAGGGCGCUGGCUUCAAGGUAGUGCCAGGACGCAAGAAGGGGAAGAAAUGAAGGCCUCCCUCGUAAAUUGGGGGUGCCAACACAGGCGCAUCCGUCCGUGAGAAGAAGGGACUAUGAAGGUAUCGAAAGCUCCAGUGUAGUAGUUGCUGUAUUCGCUCUAGAUACUGCGCGCAACUGUCAAUCAGCCACGAUGGAUUACAACGGGCGUCUCCAAACGGCAACAGCAGUUGAGCAAGCCCGGUGCGCUCUAAACUAACUGGUAGCAGUAUGUAAGUAAAGGGGGUGGAAUCGACCCCUCCGCCCUCGAUGUUGUGAGCAAGAGUCCCCGGGCGAUGAUGAGAUCGCGCGUCGAGACACGGACAGCUACGUACUCCUAACAUGUUGAGAAGUAGGACGACGGGGCUGUAAGUAGGUUAGGAAGUAUGGAAUUCAAGUCACAUUAUCUAGUGCAUAGCCAUUACUAAUCUACCUACAUGCUUAGGAGUGCGAGGCUGCCAAACUACAGAGGGAGGGGGGGUUGAAGCCACAAUUUAAACGCCACCGACUCCCCCGCCUCUGUCCCUCCGUCCUUGAAGUUUUUUGUUUACGG